UGUUCUCUUCAUUCUUUACUUAUUGAAUUGUUUUCUCUUUGUUUUAAUUUUCAAGUCAUGGACUUGAACCAUGAUAAUGACGUUGUUGUCAUGAAAACUAAGAAAAAGAAAAUAAGAUCAUUAUGGACGGAUGAUACUCAUAUGAUAUUUCUUGAGUUAUGCUUGAAUGAGGUUAGAGUUGGGAACAAGCCAACUGGUUACUUUAAUAAAUUUGGGUAUGAGAAUUUGGAAAAGUACAUGAAAGAGCGUACUGGGAAAACUUUCGACCACAAGCAAAUUAAAAAUCAUUGGGAGACUAUGAAGAAAGAAUGGAAGUUGUAUGAUCGUUUAAUGAGACUUGAAUCUGGAAUUGGGUGGGAUCCCGUGAGAAAGACGAUUGAUGCAUCGGAUGAAUGGUGGGAUGAAAAAAUAAAGGAUGGAUACAGAUGGUGACGAAACCGAUUGUGAUAGAGAUGAAGAAAACGAGGCGGAGGAAGAGAAAAAUUGGCUCAUAUUACCCGAUGUUCAAGAUUGCAUUGGAGCUAUCGAUGGGACACAUGUGAGGGCAUCUGUUCGAGAACACGAGCAACCAAAAUAUAUCGGUAGAAAAGGAUACGCGACGCAAAACAUAAUGGCGGCAUGUGAUUUUAACAUGUGUUUUACGUUUGCAUGGGCUGGAUGGGAGGGGGCAGCACAUGAUACUAGAAUUUUCAAUGAAGCAUUGCGUAGGCCCGAAAUUAAUUUUCCACAUCCAAUAGGUGAUAAAUAUUACGUUGUUGAUGCUGGAUAUCCAAAUACUAGAGAUUAUCUUGCUCCAUAUAAAGGAACCAACAUUCGUUAUCAUCUACCAGAUUUUCGUCGUGGAAAAACGGUUGCUAGUCGUGCUCCUAGAGGACCUAAAGAGAUAUUUAACUACCAUCAUUCAUCAUUGAGAAAUGUCAUUGAACGAACUUUUGGAGUAUGGAAGGCUAGAUGGGAGAUAUUACAACAUAUGCAUAUCAAUUACACCUACGAGACACAAGUGAAGAUCGUGCUAGCAUCUAUGGCAAUUCAUAAUUAUAUUAGAAAAAAAGAUACAUGUGAUGAAGGAUUUACCAUGGCGGAACAAGAAUCUUACACUCCAAACAAUGGUCGAGGAUCUAAUGACAUUAAUGAAGUAAAUGAAGACACAAGUACACAACAUAGAAUAGAUGAUUUAUACAUGAGUGCAGUUAGAGAUAUGAUUGCAGGAGAUCUAACCAAACCAAGAUGAAUGUUUAUUGAAUAUUAAUUUAUUUUUGUAGAAGUUUUAUGUUA